AUGAGCCACAAGCAGCAGGGGGAGGGGCUAGGUGAUUAUGUGGGGGAGGAGCAGAAAGCUCCAGCUGCUCCCAGAUACAGGCAGCCCAACGGCACAGCAGCAGGAGGAGGAGGAGGAGGAGGAAGAGGAGAGGGGGUCCCUGUCCGGAGAAGUUGGAGACCCUGCCAAAUGCUUGGUCAGGACGGGCAGGAUCCUUAUCUUCAUCACCAUCACCAUCAUCACCCUCCUAUUCCACACCAAGGCUCGGGCCGCGGCCCCCCACGGCACCGUAGGCGUUCCCCCUCAGGGCAGGGCCUGUCCAGACAGGAGGAGGGAGUGGUCAUGGAGCCUUCUCGCCACACCCAGCCGCCCCGACCUGGUGUGGCCCGCUACCGCCGCCAGGGGGUGCCCAGGGUCAGAGUUCACAGACAGAGACAGCCGCCGAGAGACGUCCAAGAGACCCACGACCCGCCGUUUCCACAUCAAUGGUCAUCUGACGCUUCUCUGACUGUUCAGAGUGACAUGACUGGUCCUGCGGCAAUGAAGCAGCAGCACCCCCCGUACUCCCCUCCACCCCACCACACACAGGCCAGUGGAGCAUCUGACCUUACUGCUGGUACUCAUACCCCCACACACCACACACCAUGUCCCCCUGCCUCUGAUCUCCCUCCUCAAGAGCUGCCACCACCCCUUACCAACAUAGAGUCUCCCCAGCCUCAGGAGGAUGAGGAGGAAGGGUGCAGUUCAUCCAUAACUCAGUCUGUUAGUACUCAGAGUGGAUUUGACAUCCAGACAGACCUAGAGUGGAACCAGGAGGAGGGGGGCCAUGGAGAAGGGGACCUAAAAGAGACGAGUCUGGGGGAAGAGGACAAAAAAGAGAGGGAUCUGGGAAAGGACAACCAGGAAGAUGGAACAAAUGGCCACUGUUCUGACACUGAUAGUGCUGCCUCUCUAAGCAUGGAGGCUCCGCCCCUGAGCCCACCUCCUCACCAAUCACCACCCACCUCUCCAUCUCUAUUCUCGCCCCCUCCACUUCAGUCUGAGUUCUCGGACCAAUGUAGUGACGAGUUUAGCCCAAGCCCCACCCACGACACGGACAUAAUGCCUGACGAUGAGAGCUGCACUGAUUCUCCACUGUCCCAUUCCGAAUCCUUCACCUUCACAGACUCGUAUCCUAAGACCUAUGCAGAAUUUUAUAAUGAGUCCUACCCACAGUCAGAAUCCAUCACAGAAUCCUACACAGAACCCUACGCAAAAUCCUAUCCCCAGUCUUUCCCUGAACCCUUGAAAUUGAUUAAUUAUCCAGACAGAGAGCUCCACAGGAGAUCUGAGGCCGACCCUGAUGAGCCAUAUGCAGAACCCUACCCAGAGCCCUAUAGUUGUAGACAGAGGAAGCAUGUUUAUAAGGGAGCUCCAGACACUGAGCCUACCACUGAUCCACAGCCCUGUGCCUCCUGGCCAGGUAGGGAUGUGGGGUUACCACAAACCAACCCCCCUUGGCAGGGUCGCUCAGUCGGCUCAAGACUGCACCACUACGAUGACACUACGUCUGAUGGGGAAGCCGACAGCCUUAAAGAAAGCCCCCGUUCUCAAAGCCUGGGGCCACCUCCCAGGAAUGUGCAGGGUGAAACCCAGUCAGAGUGUCCCAGCUCUGGGCAGCUUAGUUCAGGCGAGUUACAGGAUGAGCAGGCCGGGAUGGAGCUCAGACCUCCAGCGGAAGGCCUCUCAGAGGACAGUGUCAGGGGCUCAGGGAAUGCCAUCUUUCUGGCCAUCAGGGACAUCCGAGAGGCCAUAGAGGAGGUGAAGACUAAGACGGUGCGCUCGCCCUACACUCCUGACCAGCCCAUAGAGCCUGUGUGGGUGAUGAGGCAGGAGGUCAGUCCUACUGAGGAGGAGUAUUCCCCACAGCAGCCACCGGGAGGCAACGUGAGUGUGAGUAUGAGCCAGCUCUGGAUUACAAUGGAAAUCAUUGGUUUGAAGUGUUUACAUAGUUGAGUUGCGUCAGUGAUCAUUGCGUCAAUGAUAAUCGUGAACAACUCUAUGGGGGUGUGAGCAUGUGGGUCUGGGCAGGUGUGAUGUAGUUGAUGUUUGUGUGAUGUUGUCGUUUGUAUGUAUAUGUUUUGUAUUGUUUACAAAAAUAUAUAUAAUCUUACAACAAAAAAAGUGUAGUGAACAACUCAGUGGCAAUAAUGUUAUUUACUCUGGUCUGUUUAAAUGUGCCACCAGAAAACUUAAGUUAAUGAUGUUCUCUCUAUGUAUCUCUUAAACUCUCUCAGUCACCUUCACGCUAUACCCCAGUUCCUGACACAGUUCCAGUCCGUGUUCCAGCCCCAUCCCCAUCCCGAGUUCCAGCCCCAUCCCCAGCCCGAGUUCCAGCCCCAUCCCCAGCCCGAGUUCCAGCCCCAUCCCCAUCCCGAGUUCCAGCCCCAUCCCCAUCCCGAGUUCCAGCCCCAUCCCCAGCCCGAGUUCCAGCCCCAUCCCCAGCCCGAGUUCCAGCCCCAGCCCGAGUUCCAGCCCCAGCCCGAGUUCCGGUGCCAGUCCCAGAGCCUGUGAGGGCAGAGUCCUCCAGAACACACCAGGUACAGCACAGGGAGCAUAGAGAGCAGAGGGAACCGCCGAGGCCGCCAUCCAUUGAGGAGGUAAGUGACUGCUGUAAACUGUUUCACACGCGGUUGACGAUUUCCCCUUAGGCCAGCUGCAAAGUCAAAAUUGGCUAUAUUGUAAAAAGUCAUGUAAACAAAAAAUUGCUCUUUGGGAAGUUGGCAAUGAGGCCCUUUAUCUACUUCCCCAGAGUCAGAUGAACUUGUGGAUACCAUUUUUAUAUGCCUGGGUGCAGUUUGAAGGAAGUUGCUAACUAGCGUUAGCGCAAUGACUGGAAGUCUAUGCAUGCUCGCAGAUACCCAUAAACUUCCAGUCAUCGCGCUAUUGCUAGUUAGCAUUGGCUUGAGAAACUGCCUCUAACUUCCUUCAUACUGGACACAGAGACAUAAAAAUGGUAUCCACAAGUUCAUCUGACAAUGGGAAAGUAGAUAAAAGGCCAAACUCCCGAAGUAUCCCUUUAAGGUUAGACAUUAGGGUUAGCAGAUUCAAGACGAAAAACGCUAAUCUGCGUUUCACACGCACUACUAUGAAAAGAGAUGACUGAGGUUUAAGGAAGUGCUAUUCUGCUAUUACUGUCAUCAUCACCAUUACUGAUGUAUAUCCGUAAUAUUCCGGUCUAUUUCCAUUUCAGAUCCGGAGGAGUAUGCCCUCCUUCCCCACAUACGUGGAAGGUGAGUGUCUCAGUUGGAGGAUUAUUAGUGAGAAAGGAGAAGGAGUGUAUUCUUGGAGAUAAAGCUGCUGUGGUAUAAAGGCAUUCCAAUUACAUUAUGGAACAAGUCAGGAGCAGUGGUAUGUUUUCACUGAAAUCUAAUGUACAAACAUUGUAAUUUAUGAUGACUAUUGAUUGUACCCAGCCUCAAUGACCGUCUUGUCUAUAGUCCCAGGGCCAUGUGACCCAGAGGACCUGAUCGAUGGCAUCAUCUUUGCAGCCAGCUACCUGGGCUCCACCCACCUGCUGUCAGAGAGGACGCCCACUAAGAGUGCCCGCAUGCAGCAGGCCCAGGAGGCUAUGAGCCGUGUCAGGGUGAGAGUCACACAUAGGGGUCAAUAUCAACUAGGACCGAAUUCUCUCCCCUCAUUUUCCUUUCUCCUUCCUUCAUUAUUCCAUCUUUUAAGGGACCACUAUUAAGGCAGUAAGAUUUUUGAUAGAUAAUCGUUAUCAUGUCCUUAGUCAUAUCAUUAUGUGCAUUACAUUUUUACUGAACAGUUAUUGAUAGAUCUGCCAAGUAACAGUAUUUCAUGUCCAUAAACAAGCAUUGAAGAAUGCACGGGGCAUCUGUCAGUUAGUGUAUGUUGUUAACACGUUCAGUCUGUUUGUUUCUUGAGGGGUGCUCAUAUCACAUUGAUAAAGGGGCAACUUCUGAGGAUGUUUGCUUUAUAAAUUCUGGACCAGUAACUUUUGUCAGAUGUGAUAGACAGCUAACAUCACACACUGUUUUUUUACUGUUUUUUACUGAGCGUUGUCUUGAACGCUCUCUCUUGUUCUCUCUAUCUCUCUGUCUCUAUUGCUUUUGCUAUUCCAUACGGCAGACUGCCCAAAAGCAAGCUAAAAACAGAAAGAAGGUAUAGUGACAGUGUUACGGCUGUAACAUAUUUUUCUACUGUUUGUUCUGUGUCUUUUUAUUAUUAUAAGUAAGUCAUAUUUUCUGCUUGUCUGUUAUGGUUGUGAAUAAAGUCUUAAGUUGUUGAAAUGCUGCUCUCCUAUGUCCCUAAAUGUGCAGACUGAGGAUGAGGUUCCUUCCUCCACUGAAGUGGAUCUCUUCAUGUCUACACAGAGGAUCAAAGUGCUGAACACAGACACUCAGGUAAAUACUGUAUACUAUUCACCACUAUGUUGCAGGCACCAAACAAUCUAUUGUAUUAGUAAUUCCAACAUUACAAGUUAUCAAACGCACCUCUCACCAGUAGUCACUGCUACCACACACACCUAAACUACACCCACAUACUAUACUGCCAAACACCUCUCUUUCGCUCUACAGCCACAUAACUACAUCCUUAUCCUGUGUUCCUAGCAGGAGUCCAUGAUGGACCUGCCUCUGAGGACCAUCUCAUACAUCGCUGACAUAGGCAACAUGGUGGUGCUGAUGGCCAGGGGGAAGAUGGUACGCUCCAGGAGUGCUCAGGAAAACUUGAACCAUACCACUGACCACUCUGACCACACCAACAGCCCUGCCCGCGACGACCGCCCCCAGUACAGGAUGGUCUGCCACGUGUUUGAGUCAGAGGAUGUAAGUGCGUGUGUGCGUGUGCGUGUGUGUGUGUGUUGUGCUUGAGUGUAUGUGUGUGUUUACAAAUGAUCUGUUUGACUCAGACACAAGUGUGUGGAUGUAGGAAUUGUAUUACAUAUUACAAUGUGAUAAUAUGUGCAUGUUUUCGUAUUCAUCCAGUGUGUAUGAUGCCUCUCUUUCUCUCUGUCCAGGCCCAGCUCAUAGCCCAGUCCAUUGGCCAGGCAUUCAGUGUGGCGUACCAGGAGUUCCUGCGGGCCAAUGGCAUCGACCCAGAGGACCUGAGUCAGAGGGAGUACAGCGACCUGCUCAACACUCAGGACAUGUACAACGACGACCUCAUCCACUUCUCCAAGUCAGAGAACUGCAGAGAUGUGAGUCAACCACCAGGGGGCAGGCCAGUGUUGUGUGCUUAGUUGUUUGAUAUGGGAUUUUAGACCAAUGGUGGAUAUGUCUAUCACAUCUAAUUCAGUACGAGGUAGACCUAUAAUACACAACCUUUCUUGUUAAUGUAACAAAUUGACAAAUUGUGUCCUUAUUGCAGUCAGAAUGCUAACUACAACUAUGAAGGCAUUCAAGUGAACACAGUUGCAUUGACCAUAGUGGUGUAAGUAGUGGUAUAUCUUAGUGUUCUGUGUAUCCUACCUCAGGUUUACAUCGAGAAGCAGAAGGGAGAGAUGCUGGGGGUGGUCAUAGUGGAGUCAGGCUGGGGCUCUAUCCUGCCCACUGUCAUCAUUGCUAGCAUGAUGCAUUCUGGGCCAGCGGAGAAGUCUGGUCGACUCAACAUUGGUGACCAAAUCAUGACCAUCAAUGGAACCAGUCUGGUUGGACUGCCCCUCUCCACCUGCCAGAGUAUCAUUAAGGUCUAUCUUUUUAGUUUCUCUUUCUGUGUUCUUUUACCUUUCCUGAAGUCUCUUUCCGCGGUAUCCUCUCCUUUUCUGUGUCACUGCAGCCCAACUGUGCAUUUCUGCUGAAAAUGCAGAUACACAUGGUUGUCAACCUUAAUCUAGUCUGCCCCUCUGCAAGCCAGCACACAUUGAAAACAAUUGAGACUGCUUGACCAGGCAGUGCUGCAAGCAUCUGCAUUUCUUUCCCUCUGGUCUUGGAUGUUACCUCCUGUUACAAUCCUCCCCUAAAUGUCCAUCUCUCCUCUCCAGGGUCUGAAGGCCCAGUGCAGGAUCAAGUUGAACAUCGUCAGGUGUCCCCCCGUCACCAUGGUUCUGAUCCGCAGACCAGACCUCAGAUACCAGCUGGGCUUCAGCGUACAGAAUGGGAUUGUGGGUACCAUGACAAUAGAAACCAAUACAGAUGUCUCCUAGUUUUGAAUCCUCUAUGGUUGUUCUGUUUCUCUUACUAUUGUACAAUUGUUUUUUUUAACACAGAUUGUAGUUUUCAUUAUCAGCUGUUUCAGUGUCCCUCUCUCCUUCCUCUACAGAUCUGCAGCCUGAUGAGGGGGGGCAUUGCUGAGAGAGGGGGUGUCCGCGUCGGUCAUCGCAUCAUUGAGAUCAACGGCCAGAGUGUGGUGGCCACGCCUCAUGAGAAGAUUGUUCACAUCCUAUCUAAUGCAGUGGGAGAAGUAUGAGAACACACUUAACAGCUAGAAUGUACUACAGUCCAGGGUUGAGGGUCAAUCUAUUCGAACUCAGUCAAUUCAGUAAUGAGUUGAAAUAAUCCUAAUUGAAUCUGUAAAUGGUGCUAUGAUUAAUUUUUGAGAACAGCAGGAAACCUCAUGCCCGGCUGUGUAGCAUGUCUCUGAUUAUGCAACCUAUGUGUUAUUUCUUUGUGCUGCAGAUCCACAUGAAGACUAUGCCUGCAGCCAUGUACCGUCUGCUGACUGCCCAGGAACAGCCAGUCUACAUCUGA